AUGGGCUACCCCAUGGCACUCAACCUCCGCAAAGGCCUCGACGACUCCCACACGCUCCUCGUUUGCGACGUCUCAUCAGAUGCCCUCGCGCGCUUCCAAAACGACGCAAAAGGUCACGGCCCAGUCUCCACAGUCGACGGCGGCUACCAAGCUGUCCAACUCGCAGACACCGUGAUCACAAUGCUUCCCGACUCCAACGCCGUCAAGAAAGUCUACCUCGACCCUUCAACCGGCAUACUCGCAGGUGCCGAAGCAAACAGCGGGACCAAGAGCGACAAAUUGAUCAUGGAAUGCGGUACAAUUGAAACCUCCACGAUUCUUGAAGUCGCAAAGGCUACGUCUUCUUCAAAAGCGGCGGAGAAUUUGACAUUUGUCGAUGCACCAGUGUCUGGCGGGCCAAUGGGCGCACAGGAUGGCACGUUGGCAUUCAUGGCAGGUGCAAACAACAAGGCCAUAUUUCCACGCGUCAAGGGUUAUCUGUCGCAUAUGGGCAAGCCAGAUGCGAUAUUCCUGUGCGGCGACAUCGGCGCUGGGACGGCAUUCAAAGUCAUAAACAACUACCUCAGCGCCAUCACAUCGCUCGCUGCAUCGGAGGCGCUGAAUAUCGGGACGAAGAUGGGGUUGGACGUCGCGUUGCUCACAGAUGUGAUCAACGUUUCUGGUGGUCAGUGUUGGGUUACGUCCAAGUCGAAUCCGGUGCCAGGCGUACAGGCGAAUGUACCGAGUUCAAGAGAUUAUGAGGGAGGAUUUAGAAUUGAGCUGUGUCGCAAAGUGCUGGGUAUGGGUAGUGAGCUUGCGGAGAUGGUCGGGGCGAGGACGAUAUUGGAUAAGCCGACACUUGCGGCGUUUGACGAGGCGAUGAGUGAUGGACGGUAUAAAGGAAAGGAUGCGAGGGUGGUGUACAAGUGGUUGAACGAGAGCGAAAGGAAGUAG